ACCUGCCGGGCGGAUUUGGUAGCUGCUGCCUCCUGACUGGCUGCCUCCACAGACACCGCCGGAGGGAUUCAUUUGGGGGAGAAGCGGAGGCGUCGCUGGCCCUGGCCUUUGCCUAGGUCCUCAGGGGCCACGCAAAGGGGACUAAGGUUAUGGGUGCUACAUGUAUGCUUUCAGAGCUCUAGUGUAAGGAAGCUUGAAGUGGGAUGGCAGGACGGCCUCAUCCUUAUGACAGUAACUCCAGUGAUCCAGAGAAUUGGGAACGGAAAUUGCAUAGUAGACCUCGUAAACUUUAUAAACAUUCAAGUACUCCCUCACGUUUUGCUAAAGGAGUUGUUGACCACACCAAAAUGAGUCUGCAUGGUGCUAGUGGGGGACAUGAACGAUCAAGAGAUAGACGGCGGUCGAGUGACAGAUCACGAGAUUCAUCUCAUGAAAGAACAGAAUCUCAACUCACUCCUUGUAUUAGAAAUGUUACUUCUCCAACACGACAACACCACAUUGAACGAGAAAAAGAUCAUAGUUCCUCUCGUCCAAGCAGUCCUCGUCCUCAAAAAGUAUCUCCAAAUGGUUCCAGUAGCAGUGCUGGGAACAAGAAGCAUGUGACUAUCUUUGUAUCUCCUUGGAUGUUUGGAUCUGGCAGAGAACAUAACUUUACACGUCCUAAUGAGAAAGGAGAAUAUGAGGUGGCAGAAGGAAUUGGUUCCACUGUGUUUCGAGCUAUUCUAUAUACUAGAUUUUUCAAGUACAUUGAAAACAGAGAUGUGGCCAAGUCAGUUUUGAAAGAAAGGGGUCUUAAGAAGAUAAGAUUGGGAAUAGAAGGUUAUCCUACCUACAAAGAAAAGGUAAAGAAAAGGCCUGGGGGCCGACCAGAAGUGAUUUACAACUAUGUCCAAAGGCCUUUUAUUCGAAUGUCCUGGGAAAAGGAAGAAGGGAAGAGUCGACAUGUAGACUUUCAGUGUGUGAAGAGUAAAUCUAUCACCAACCUGGCAGCUGCUGCUGCAGACAUUCCCCAGGACCAGCUGGUGGUCAUGCACCCGACUCCACAAGUGGAUGAGCUGGAUAUUCUCCCCAUCCAUCCCCCUUCUGGCAGCAAUGACCUUGAUCCUGAUGCACAGAAUCCAAUAUUGUGAUGAUGUUUCUUGAAACCAUAGCAUGCUACUAUUCACGGUGACGUUGCACUCUCAUUCUGCACUGCAAGGCCACUCUCUUCAUUGUGAGAUGCACAUAACAAUGUUUAGGAUGUUGCAGUGUGGGCUUUUUUAAAGACCAAAGGUAGCUGAAUGGUUUUUUUUUUUUUUUUUUAAAUAAGUACAACUCUAGCAUCCUGAAGUUCCGGUUAUAUAAAUGUAAUUUGUUUACCAGUAGGUUUGUGAAAUUGGGUCUUUGUAUGGGGGACAGUCCUUUUUCACAUGUCUAGACCUUUUCAGAAAUUGUAGAAGUUGGCAGCUGGGGUAUUUUCAGUCUAGGUAUUUGUCACACCCCAGGUAAAAUGCAGAUUAUAUAGUUGCACUUUAUAAAGGCGGUUAAAUGGAAUUGUUAAAGCCAUUUUUAUAGUUGUGAUGCACAAUAUGUAACUUAAGUGCUUCUCUCAAGUACUCCUUCAGUAAAAAGUAUAGUUUGCUGCCCAUGAUGAGCAGAAAUAUGAGUUUCAUUGGGCUUAUUUGAAUGCUUAUGACAAGAUUCAACUACCCACCUUAUUUAUCUCAGUGCCAUUUUCACCCUUUGAGUCACACGCAGGGAAUAUGAACAUUCAGAGAUGGUUUAUUAUUCAGUCUGCCUUACCCUUAAUCUGUUAACGUAUUUAUUUACUAAUUUUUAUUUUCCGUAAGCGUUAAUGGGAUCGCAAAAUGAAGUGUUGUUCUUCAUUUACUAAAUGAUUGUAAACUCAAGUUUUUCAUCAAAAUAAACUUUCGUUGUUUUAAACUUUCUGA